CCUGGGGAACAGAUCGCAUCUCCGGCGUCUCCUUUAAGGAUUAGAGCCGUGCGUAAAAGUUGGGAGAGUUUAAAAGAAACAUAAACUAAAAUGCUUGUGGCUCUGCUCCUGCUGUCGUGCUGGGGAUCCUGCGCGUCGGCCACGCGCGUCUCCUUCUCCAACUUCUCCGUGGACAGCGAGGCGCGCUCCAGCUUCAUCCACCGGAGACUGCGGAGCCAAGAGCGCAGGGAGAUCCAGCGGGAGAUCCUCUCCAUCCUGGGCCUGCCACAGCGCCCGCGGCCGCACGCCCACACCAAGCACAACGCCGCGCCGACGUUCAUGCUGGAUCUGUACAACACCGUGUCCACGGAGGCAGAGCCGCGCGCUGUCUCGCGGUACAGGGCGGUUUUGCAGGGUCAGGCGUCGGCGGCGGUGAGCCAGCAGGACAGCCGCUUCCUGGACGACGCGGACACGGUGAUGAGCUUCGUCAACCUCGUCGAUGGGGAUCGUGACCUCCUGGACCGGCCGCACGCGCAGGCGUUUCGGUUCGAUAUUUCCCGUAUUCCAGAGGGCGAGGCCAUCACUGCCGCAGAGUUCAGGAUCUACAAGGACUUCAUCCGGGAGCGUGACGGGAACGAAACCUUCCGAGUCAGUGUCUACCAAGUCCUCCAGGAGCCUCCAGACAGCGAUGUGGCACUGCUACUUCUGGAUCAGCGAGACGUUUGGGCUUCAGAUGACGGAUGGCUUGUGUUUGAUCUGACCGCUACCAGCACCCUGUGGCAGCUCAGCCCUGAGCAGAACCUGGGACUGCACCUGGUUCUCGAGGACAACAACAGCCAGAAGAGGAAUCCCAGAAGAGCUGGGCUGCUGACUGGGAGUGAGCCUAAAGACAAGCAGCCCUUUCUCGUUGUGUUUUUUAAAGUCAACGAGGUGCGGUUCCGUGGCGCUCGCUCGGCCCCCGGCCAAAAAGGACGGCAGUCAAACCGCUCCAAACAACAGAAAGCGGUCCAAGAAGCACUGAGGGCAGCAGAGGCCGGAACUGAUGCCUUCGGAUUAUCAAAAGAGGGCUGUAAGAAACACGAGCUCUAUGUCAGUUUCAGAGACUUAGGAUGGCAGGACUGGAUAAUAGCGCCGGAGGGCUACGCUGCGUAUUACUGUGAGGGCGAGUGUGCUUUCCCUCUCAACUCCGACAUGAAUGCCACCAAUCACGCCAUCGUGCAAACUCUGGUGCACUUCAUCAACCCGGAGACAGUCCCCCAGCCCUGCUGCGCCCCAACGCAGCUCAAUGGCAUCUCGGUGCUGUACUUUGACGACAGCUCCAACGUCAUCCUCAAGAAGUACCGCAACAUGGUGGUCAGAGCCUGUGGCUGUCAUUAACGUUUUUUUUAAUGCCUUUUGCCCGACUUCUGCAAGUGUAAAAUAAUGUCAUGGGGCAGAAAGAGGAGUGGAGUGGCUGGACGCAAGAGAAGAUGGACUCUCUGGUCUACAAACGCUUGAGCCAAAGUGGUGAAUCGCUAUGACAAGGAGCAGCUACAGCAGACUAUGUCUAAAAGGAGAAAAUUUCAGACUUUUGAAGACUUUUGGAGCACAAACCAAACUUAGAGGAAGUUAACAGUUUGCAGAGAUUGGAUCUGAAGCAUCACGUACUGGAUUUGCAGUCUUCUGAAUGAAUCUGGGUUUCCUGGGUCAGGUGUGCAACGUUUGACAGCUGCCCACACUGCCCAGCCAAAAAAUUAGUCACGCCGGAUCGCCUUUAGCUUUACGGCACUCGUCGUCUGAAAACUUCCGCAGUUUGUCCAGAUUUGCCUAACUUUUGUACCUCCAUAUUUUAGAGAUGAUGGGAGAGUCACACUGCUCUGCACAUCCCAAAGAUUCUCUGUUGAGUUAAGGUUUGACCGCACGCAACUACUCUUGCACAAUUUGAACCCAAUGGAUCCUUGGAUGAUUGCUUUUUUAAAAACAAUUUUUUUUUAAGGGGACACAGCUGUUUAAUUCUAAUCCCUUGAUUUUCCUUCGCGUUGUGCGUGUGGAAAUGUUUUUUUACUUUUACAACUGAACAUAGCCUUGAGUUGUUUUAUUUUUUAACAAUUUAAUUUCAUGAAAAGCUUAAAGCCACAGGAUGUAACUUUUACAAAAGUAAGUUUUUUCCGUAUUUGUUAUGAAACGAUCAAACUCCUCCCAGUGCUGCCGUUGCUGUCUGAAGAGAUGCACCUCUCCCAGUCAAAAACAACCAAUCAGAGACAGGAGAAGGGUCUUAGUGCUGUCUAUCAUCCUCGUCUACGUGCUGCUAAAUGUGUUAAUGGCGGAGAAACAAUUUACCGUUCCAGGAAAACCAUUUAUUCACCAUCAUCGAAGCCCAUGUUAGCUAGCCUCAGCAUUCAUGGCAGGCUAUGUGGUCAACCAGUCUAGAGAGAAAGCGGAAGGGUGUGAGUGGCAUUCGUACAUGAGUGAUUGACAGCGCUAAGACCCUCCUUCGGGCUCUGAUUGGCUGUUUCUGACUGAGUGGUGUAUUUCUGCAG